ACUCGGCACUCAGGCGCCCAGACCUGUGGGCCACGGGGGCGGCACAGCAGCUGGAGCCCGGGCUGCCGCGGCCCCUCACCUAGCGCGGUUAGGCGCGCGGCAGACCGGCUCCGGAAGCGCGCCGCUCGCGCUCAGUACUCAGCCUCGCCAUAGCCGGGCCUCUGAGGCAACGGAGCUUCCCAGCUCAGCCUCCGCGAGGAGGAGCAAGCCGGAAAGGGGGCUGAGCGUUUUGCUCAUGCGCUUGUUUUUCUCCGUGGCCUCCUACAGGUAACGACGGCCUGGUCAAAAGAGCCAGUAGAAACGGUUGCCAGGGCCGGCUAACAGCUGCUUCCGGAGGUUCCCUGGCGCUUCGGCAACAAUGGGGCCACUGGACCGAGGGAGCGCCCCUUCCGGUUUCGUAGCUUCUCACGGAGCUCCGUGGCGCGUCGCCUUUAACCCCGGAAGUGAAGUCUUCCGGGUUCCUCCCUCCCUCAAGAUGGCAGCAGCCGAAGAAGACGAGUUACCGCUGCCACGGCUGCCCGAACUGUUUGAUAUCAGCAGACGGCUUCUGGACGAAGUGGAAGUAGCGACCGAGCCCACCGGUUCCCGGGCAGUCCAAGAGAAGGUGUUGAAAGGACUCCAGCUCCUUAAGCAGGCCGCCGAAAUGUUAGCGCAGCUCGACUUGUUCAGCCAAAAUGAAGAUUUGGAAGAGAUUGCUUCCACCGACCUGAAGUACCUGAUGGUGCCAGCAUUUCAAGGAGCCCUCGCCAUGAAACAAGGCAACCCCAGCAAGCGCUUAGAUCAUUUGCAAUGGGCUCGAGAACACUUUUUAAACUACUUAACUCAAUGCCAGCACUAUCAUGUGGCAGAGUUUGAGUUGCCCAAAACCAAGAACAACUCAGCUGAAAAUAACACAGCUAGUUCCUCCAUGGCCCAUCCUAGCCUCGUUGCUAUGGCAUCUCAAAGACAGGCUAAAAUAGAGAGAUACAAGCAGAAGAAGGAGAUGGAGCGUAGGUUGUCUGAAAUGAAAUCUGCUGUCGAAAGUGGUGAAGCAGAUGAUGAGCAUGUUCGUGAGUAUUACCUCCUUCACCUUCGAAGGUGGAUUGGUAUCUGCUUAGAAGAGAUUGAGAGCAUUGACCAGGAGAUGGAUAUCCUGAGAAGAAAAGACUCUUCAAAAGAGGCAUCAACUUCUCAUUCAUCUCGUCCGUCCAGGCCUCCAAUGAAACCCUUUAUUCUCACUCGGGAUGCGGCCCAAGCCAAAGUAUUUGGAGCUGGUUAUCCAAGUCUGGCAACCAUGACAGUGAAUGACUGGUAUGAUCAGCAUCGGAAGUUGGGAGCUUUACCAGAUCAGGGAGUAGCCAGGACAACAUCAGAGGCCAAAAGAGCAGCUCAACAAGAAGAUCAAGAACAAAGGGAGGAAGAGGAUGAUGAGCAAACACUUCACCGAGCUCGGGAGUGGGAUGACUGGAAGGACACCCAUCCUAGGGGCUAUGGCAACCGAAAGAACAUGGGUUAGCCUUCCCACAACAAGAUGGGACUACAGGGGGCGCACAUCUUCCCCACAAAGGAAAGCUGUGCAGUCUUCCCUUCCCUGGGCUCCUUUCAGCUCUACCAAGAAGGCAAAGACAUUUAAUCUUGCUUUGCGUUCAAUAAAGUGUCAAGCAAUUAAGUGUGUUUAAUUCCCUAGGUGAUGAACCAGUAAUUCUUGUUUUGGCAUUAACCUAAUCAUGUUGUAUUUCAGAUUCCUGGGUGGGAAGAAAAAUAUUACUAAGAAAUGGCUCUAUAAUCAAUGGCUGAAUGAAUUUUCCUUAAAAAUAAAGUCCUCUCUAUUACAUCUAUACAGAAA